UAUUGACUCGCGCGUAAGAACAUUGAAAGCAGUCCCGUAUUCUCUGUGCUUACGGUUUGAAUUAAAUGGUGUGUGAUUAUCGCGGAUAUUCUCUAACCGAGCUGGAUUUUCCAUGAACUGUAACCGUUCGUCGAGCACAGAAUUUGGAAAUAUCAAGCACAGGGCUGAAAUAUGCCGGAGGAACAGAAGUCCGCUGGUGGUCCACCAGAAGUAACGGCAGAGAAUGGAACCGGAACGAACUCGCCAACCAAAAGUCCAGUGAGCAAAGGGAAAACAGCUAUUGCGAGAAUCACUCUUCUCGAUGGAACUGUCAAAGACUUCCACAUAGAUAGGAAGGCAAAGGGACAGGAAUUACUCGAUAUGAUAUGUCAGAGUAUGAAUUUAAUGGAGAAAGAUUAUUUCGGUCUUAUCUAUGAGGACAGACAUGAUGCGCGAAACUGGUUGGAUUUGGACAAAAGAAUUGCGAAACUUGUGAAAAAUGAACCAUGGAAAUUUAAUUUUGAGGUGAAGUUCUAUCCACCGGACCCAGCUCAAUUACAAGAAGAUAUAACUCGUUAUCAACUAUGUCUUCAGAUUAGAAACGAUAUCAUCACAGGGCGAUUACCGUGUUCAUUUGUAACACAUGCUCUUCUAGGUUCAUAUUUAGUUCAAUCAGAAGUUGGAGAUUACGAUCCGGAGGAGCAUGGACGUACAUAUUUAAAGGAUUUUAAAUUUGCCCCCAAUCAAACCCCAGAGUUAGUGGAAAAAGUAAUGGAUCUGCAUAAAACACAUAAAGGUCAAACCCCCGCAGAAGCAGAGCUCCAUUAUCUCGAAAAUGCGAAAAAAUUAGCAAUGUAUGGGGUUGAUCUCCACCCUGCUAAAGACUCCGAAGGCGUCGAUAUAAUGUUAGGUGUAUGUUCAUCGGGCCUUCUUGUCUAUAGGGAUCGAUUAAGAAUCAAUAGGUUCGCCUGGCCAAAAAUAUUGAAAAUCUCGUAUAAAAGGCAUAACUUUUAUAUAAAGAUAAGACCAGGUGAAUUCGAGCAGUUUGAAUCUACUAUUGGGUUUAAACUGGCGAAUCAUAGGGCUGCAAAGAAAUUGUGGAAAGUGUGCGUGGAACACCAUACUUUCUUCAGGCUCAUGAGUCCUGAGCCUGUAAAGAAAGUGGGUCUGAUACCGCACUUGGGUUCUCGCUUCCGAUACUCAGGAAGAACUCAUUACGAGACGAAAAAAACUCCCAUAGAUAGACAACCACCACAAUUUGAAAGAUCUUUAAGCGGCCGUCGUCCUACAUCUCGCAGCAUGGAUGCGUUAGGUGGUCCGAAACAAGUCGAAUCUUACGGUUCAGAACCAAGUAAGAGACAUACAAUGAGUUAUGAACCCGAAAUGAUUCCUGACAUGGAGCACAUAGAUCAACGGCCUAGUCCAAUUAAAAAACAAAAGGAAAAGCUCACACGCAAAACAAGUGCUGGAACAACAUCAGCUAGCAGUACCAGUAGCCUGGAAGGAGAAUAUGAUGCAGAUCGUGGCAAAAAGAAACCGGUCGGAGGAAUUGCGGUCCUACCGCCCGGUGGUCUCUCUAAGAAGAAAAAGGAUAAGCAAAACGAAAACGAAAAGGAAAAUCAUAAUGAUCUCAACAACUCUGAUUUGAUAAAUGAAAGUGCUCUUCUUGACAACAGCGACUUAAAGUCACCGAGUAAAAAAGAAUUGAAAAAGAAAGAUAAGGAAACGCCAGAGAAAAGAGAUAAAGAAAAGAAAGAAAAAGUGAAGACUCCAGUUGGUGGCUUCCUAUUUGGCAAGAAGGAAAAGGAACCAAAGCAAAAGAAGCAGAAAAAGAAUAAAGAAUUGGAAGAAUCAAUGGACAAAAGUGAUACAGAGUCGAAUCUAUCUGUAUCAGAGAAGCAAGCAAAACCCUUGACUGAAAAACAAACUAUUGAAAAAUCACAAACUACUCCAGAAUCUAUAAAACUCCCUAGCUACACGAAGCCUUAUCAUUACGAAGAAACGGAAACUUCUCCAACCAGAAAACCUUUCACGCCCCAUGGAUUUUCAUACGAAGACAGACCAGCAUCGCCUGAAAUUCAAAAUCAACAGUCACCAACUGCAGCAAGUCGGAAAGCCACCGGCUUAGCCUUUAACUAUGCGCCAGGUGAAGAGAGAAAAGUUGCAGAGUCAGCAGAGAAAAGAAAAACCAAAGAAGCAGAUUCCAAGCCCCCGUCGGGAUUAAAUACUCCCGGUCUCAAUUAUGUGGAAUCUGCAGGAUUAAAGGAACAGCAAAAAGCUACAUCCAAACCAGAGAUUGAUAAAAAUGCGUCAACAGUUCUCAUUGCUGCUGAAGGUGCUAAUUGUCAACCGGUUGUCACAACCUCCAAACCAGAGUAUCACAUUUUGCCACUCCCGAAUCGUUCUAUAAUUAUUGGAGGUGUUAUUUAUACCAAAGAUGGCAAAUUAUUAGAUCAGCAUAAUCUUGGACCGGAUAAUAGCCAGAUAUUAAAUGGAAUAAUUUGUGGAAAGGAUGGAGAUCCAAUUAAAAAAUCUGAAUUUGGCCCACCUGGAAUUUAUAUCAAUAACGGCACAAUUACGACUAAGGAUGGUACACCCGUGAACCAAGAAAUCUUAGGGGUGGAAAAAAAUUCCAUCAAAAAUGGUAUGGUAUAUGAUUCUAAUGGACAAAUACUCGACCAACACUUACUGGGACUAGAACAUACAUUAGUCAAAGAUGGUAAAAUUGUGGGAAAAAAUGGAAAAGCAGUACAAUAUAACAAGUUAGGUAAUGAUGGGACUUACGUAAAAGAAGGUCUUAUAUUUACAUCCGACUCUAAACCACUUACGCAAGGAUCGUAUGGUGUAAAUGAAAACUACGUUGUCGCAGGAGUAGUAUGUAACGAAAAUGGAAAACCCGUAAAUCAAUUUGUACUAAUACCUGACGAAACUUACAUAUGCGAUGGUUUAAUUUAUGGACCAAAUGGAAAUGUAAUUUCAAAUGGUAUUUUAGGCCAUGAGGGACACUAUAUAGCAGACGGAAAAAUUUAUUCCAAAAAUGGUAAACCAGUAAAACAUGAAUCUUUCAGUUCAGAUGGAUCUGUUAUAAAAGAUGGUAUAAUUUAUUCGAAGGAUGGAAAAUUCUUGAAUCAAGGUUCUUUGCUUCCUUGUGGUGCUCAUUUGAAAGAUGGAAAAAUUGUUGGUAAAGAUGGAAAAGCUAUUAAACAUGCAUUUUACAAACCUGAUGGUAGUUUUGUAAAAGAUGGUAUGAUAUUCGGUAAAGAAGGCAGACUUUUAAGUCAAAUCCCUCUAAUAGAUGAUGGAAGCUAUAUUAAAGAAGGGAUUAUAUAUAAUGAACACAAUAGACCAUUAUCGCAAAGUCUUUUUAAACCGGAUAAUAUUGUAAUUAAGGAUGGUAUAAUUUAUGAUGAGAAUGGUGUAACGUUUUCAGACGCUUUCCUUGGGCCAGAUGGUGUCACAGUAAAAGAUGGAAUAAUACUUGGAAAAGAUGGAAAACCUCUUAAACAAGAAUCUUUUGGUUCGAACGGAAGUUACAUAAAGAAGGGUAUUAUUCAUUCAAAGAGCGGGAAACCCCUCAAUCAGGAUUCUUUAAUACCUGAAGGAGCAUCUAUUAAUGAUGGUAAAUUAUAUACUAAAGAAGGAAAGCUGCUCAAAUUUUCAUUUUUCAAACCAGAUGGAAGUUGUGUUAAAGAUGGUAUUGUGUAUGGCAAAGAUGGCAAACCCUUAAACCUCUGUUCAGCACUUCCAGAAGACAGCUUCAUUGCAAAUGGUAUAAUCUUUGAUUAUCACGGUAGGCCUUUAACUUUAAACAUGUUUGGAUCUGAUGGUUCGUAUGUUGCCGGUGGCAUAAUUCAUAAUAAGAAUGGCAGGAUAAUUUCGGAAGGUGUCUUUGGACCUGAUGGUAAUAUUAUUAAAAACGGAUUGAUUAUUGGCAGAGAUGGAAAACCAUUGACUCAAGAUGAUAAAGGACCAGAUAAUUUAGCGGUGAAAGAUGGAAAAAUUGUUGAUAAUCAAGGAAAUCCUAAAAACUUAGCAUCCCUUGUUCCACAUGGAUGUUAUAUUCGAGAUGGUGUCGUUUAUGAUAGAAAUCAAUGCCCUUUGAAACAAGGUGCAUUUAAACCUGAUGGUAGUUAUAUUAGGGAUGGUCUUAUAUAUGGAUGGGGUGGACGAUUGCUGAAUAUUGGUACUGAAUUACCUAGUAAAAGUUAUGUUAAAGAAGGUAGAAUUUAUGGUAAAGAUAAUCAACCUUUGGAUCAUAGUUCAUUUGGUACUGAUGGAGGAUACAUUGCCAAUGGCUAUAUUUAUGGAAAAGACAAACAAUUGCUUGGUCAUGGAUUAUUUGGAAACGACGGAAGUUGUAUAAAAAAUGGAUUGUUAUAUGGUCCAAGUGGAAAACCGCUAAAUCGAAAAGAGGCAGUACUUUAUAUUUCACUAGUUCGUUACGGUUUGGUGUACGGUAAUGAUGGUAAACCAUUACAGUCUGGUAAUUUUGAUAACGUUGGUAGCGUUGUCAAAAAUGGAAGAAUUUAUGAUCAUACAGGUCAACCCUUCAAUCAAUCUUUCUAUAAAUACGAUAAAAGCUUUAUUAAAGAUGGUCUCAUUUAUGGAAGUAAUGGGAAACCAAUGUCUCAAGGUGUUUUACCACCAGAAACUAGUUUUAUUAGAAAUGGAAAAAUUUAUGAUUCUAAUGGGCAACCCUUAACACAAGAAGCAUUUGGACCUGAAGGUGUGAAAGUAGUAAAUGGAAUUGUAGUAGACCGGAAGACUGGAAAACCUUUAGAACGAGCAAAUUUUGACGAUGAAAUCAACAUUGUUAAAGAUGGAGUCGUUUGUGACCCCACGGGAAAACCCCUUGAUAAAUACUUCACAGUUAUUACUGUCACGAUAGUUCGUAAUGGAUUGCUCUGCGAUAAAGAUGGAAAACCAGUUAAACAAGCACCAUUCGGAAAUGACGGAAGUUACAUUCAGGAUGGAAAAAUUCACGAUAAAUUUGGUAAAUUAAUGAAUCAAGAAAUUUUCGGAGAAGAAGGAGCAUCUCUCAAGGACGGUGUUAUUCUUAGCAGUAGUGGACAACCUUUAGACAGCGACACUAUUUUAAAAGAAAUCCGAGAUACGACAAAAUUAACCUCUUUAAAAAUGAAGAAAGCUUUAGCUUCAAGCACUACUCCAACAAUAGUGAAAACCACAACCAAACAAUCAGUAGUAAAGGAUCAAGAAGGUGUGACACAAAACAUAGAAGAAAAAGUUGAAGACCUUACACCUGGAGGCACAGGCCAAGUAACAGUUUCUACACAAAUUAACAAGGCAGAGGCACCGGAUGAUGGUAGAGCUCCAUAUAUGACAGCAACUGCUGUUACCACCCGCACCGCUACAAUGCACGAAGACCUUGAAAAAAAUCAAAAAACCAGCCAGGUAGAAGAAAAGACUGUAGCACAUACAACAGCCACCAGUGCAACAAGACAGGAACAGAGAGUAGUAACUCAAGAAGUUCGAACAACAAGUCAUGUAUUGUCUGGUGAACAGCUGUUCUUACGAAGACUCAGUACAUCCAGUUCAAGCAGUGAUGAUUCAGGUACUCCAAUUGACCUUGAAGAUGAUCAGCAGGCUUUCUACAAUCAAUACUAUCAGGGUGAUCCAGCUGGUGUAGUUGAAACUGAAACACAUGUUUACAAAGGAGAACCAGAGAAGAACGUAACAACAACUACUACGGUACCGAUAGUAGCAACUGAAACUAGGACAGUAGCUGUUGAGAGUGAAGAUGGUAUGUACAGUGCAACUGGAGAAAUUGUCAGUUCUCAGACAAUAUCCAGUAAAACUCGUACUGUUGAAACGAUAACGUACAAAACUGAAAGAGAUGGAGUUGUAGAAACGCGCGUAGAACAGAAAAUAACAAUACAAUCAGACGGUGAUCCAAUUGAUCAUGACCGAGCUUUGGCAGAAGCAAUUCAAGAGGCAACUGCUAUGAAUCCCGACAUGACGGUAGAAAAAAUAGAAAUUCAACAACAAACAGCACAGUAAUUUGUUACAAAUGUAAAAUCCCUUUUGUAAGAAAUA